CCGCUCCCGGCAUGUGGACCACGACGACACGCCGGCAGACGCAAAAAUCUUCCGCGGUGUCCGUUUGCAACUCAGCUACUCAAACUCAAGCUUCUUCGUUAGCGUGCUCCAUGGUUGUGAACACAAGAAGCUGAGGCCAAGGGCAAAACGCCAGAGGGCAGAUUGUUUCAGGCGACAGGAACAUAGGUAAGCCCAAAUGGCCAAAUCCGUGCCUUCUGCUCUCUUUGUUUCCUUGCUGAUUUUCAAUCCUUAAUAUCCUCUAAAGAAGUCUAAACUGUUGCCCCCGCUGCAAAACUUGUGCCUGCAUUCCUGGUUCUUGCUAGGUGUAGUGUUUUUCUUUUCUUUUUUCAUGGUUCCCUCAUCUUUUCCUGUGGGAAUGGAAAUGGAAUGGAAUGGCCAUGACCUGUUCCUGGCUGGACUUUGUCCGUCCUUCAACUGCUGCGGGAAAGGGUCCUGAGCUCACAUGGCGGAUGAUGCCUUGUCUGGUUAUAUUUCCUCCCCUUUCACUUUAACCGGUUUCUUGUGGGCCGGGGCUCCUCCACCUGUGGGUUCUUGAUUCUUUCCGCCCGAUCCCAAUUCCCAAGCCAUGGCCGGCGCCUUGGUAACACCGCACCACGUUGGGUUCGUCUUCGUCCCAACCAUAGGAGCCUCACCUUGCCGCUGUCUUGCCUGAGCGCCGGUGGCUGCGGAUCGGGGCGUUGCCAUAGCGGAAGCCGUUUCCAGCUCCGUCGAUCCUAUUCUUGGCGUCGCUUUGGCUCCCAUCCAUGGCGAGGAGAAAUUUUCGGUUUUGACAGCGCAAUCCCCUCCCCUCCCCCCAGUGUGUAGGCGGCAGCGGCGGCGUGCUCAGCCAUGGAGACGGGGACGCGGCCGGCGGAGCCGUUCCUGCCGCUGCGGUGGGAGAGCACGGGCGACCAGUGGUGGUACGCGACGCCCAUCGACUGGGCGGCGGCCGGCGGCCACUACGACCUCGUCCGCGAGCUCCUCCGCCUCGACGCCAACCUCCUCGUCAAGCUCACCUCCCUCCGCCGCAUCCGCCGCCUCGAGUCCGUCUGGGACGACGACGCGCGCCUCGCGGGCGCCGCCAGGAACCGCGCCGCCGUCGCCCGCCACCUCCUCCUCGACUGCGACCCCCGCGGCGCCGGCCCCGGCAACCGCCUCCUCCGGGCCGGGUACGGCGGCUGGCUCCUCUACACGGCGGCCGCGGCCGGGGACGCCGCCUUCGUCCGGGAGCUGCUCGCGGCGCAGCCGCUGCUCGUCUUCGGCGAGGGGGAGUACGGCGUCACCGACAUCCUCUACGCCGCGGCCAGGAGCGGGUGCGCCGAGGUGUUCCGGCUCCUGCUCGACGCCGUGCUGUCCCCGGCGUCCUGCCCUGUCGUCGGUGAGGAAUUCAGGGGCGAGAUGAUGAACCGCGCCGUGCACGCCGCAGCGAGGGGAGGCAGCCUGGAGGUGCUCAGGGACCUCCUGCGCGGCUGCUCCGACGCCGCGGCGUACCGAGACGCGCAGGGAUCGACCAUCUUGCACGCCGCCGCUGCAAGGGGCCAGGUUGAGGUUGUCAAGGAUCUCGUUGCAUCUUUUGAUAUAGUCAACUCUGUAGAUGACCAAGGGAAUACAGCGUUGCAUAUAGCAGCUUUUAGGGGCUAUCUGCCUGUGGUUGAGGCUCUUGUUACUGCAUCAUCAUCUCUUGUAUCAGCAACAAAUGAAGCUGGUGACACGUUCCUUCACAUGGCAUUGACUGGCUUUGGGACUCCUGGAUUCCGAAGGCUUGAUCGUCAGAUGGAGCUUAUAAGGCAGUUAGUUGGUGGAGCGUUUGUGGAUGUCAGCAGCAUUAUAAAUGUGCAAAAUGAUGAUGGAAAGACAGUUCUUCACUUAGCUGUGGUUGGCAAUUUGCAGUCUAACCUUGUUGAACUCUUGAUGAGAGCACCUUCUAUUGACCUCAACAUCCGUGACAAUGAUGGCAUGACUCCUCUGGAUUUACUCAGGAAACAACCACGAACGGCAUCAUCAGAAAUACUGAUCAAACAACUGAUUUUGGUGGGUGGAAUCACAAACUCGAGGGACCAUGAGACCAGAUCAGCUAUCGCAUCUCAGCUCAAGAUGCACUGCAUUGUAGGAAGCCCCGGUACAUCUUUCAAGAUAUCAGAUGCUGAGAUUUUCCUCCAUGCUGGAAUUGACGUGUCAGUCAUCAGUGAAAGGACAACAUCAUUUUCCUCUAGUGUUGGUAGGGUUGAUUCUGAAAUCCCGGGACCCAAACUGAAGAAGCUGAAUUCUUUCCAAGAUGCAGCGAAACAUAUCAAAGUCCUUCUCAAAUGGCCUCGCCGCAAGGGGAAGAAACCAGGCGGAGACCAAAAGGAUCUGGAUGAUGAUGCCUCAUCAGUGAGCUCUGUAAAGAGCUGUAGCCAUGUAGAGACUCCAACACCUCUGAGGCAAAGGCACUCCAGGAUCAGCUCCCUCUUCAACAACAAGCGGACCUAUGCAGGCAAUGGUUCACCUAGCGAAGCAACGAAGAAGAGUGGACUAGUACAAUCUGAAUGUAUUCCAGCUUCUUCCUCUUGGUCAUCGUCAUCAUUGGUUGACAAGAUUGAAGCUGUACACCUGGAAAAUGACCAGCCGUCUCCUUAUUUAAGUAGGCUGAUCAGACAUACACCCAAGAAACAUGGAUCUCUGAACAGUAGACUUUUGAACCAAUCCUUCAGGCUUGGGGCAUAAAGACUAACUGAUGAAGAAUAUAUAUAUUACUCACAGCUGAUUAUCCUCCUGAGUUGCAUGAUGCUGGAGCUAACCAAGCCAUCAAUUAGGUGAAUCAUUUUGGUACCUUUGAUAGGCAUCCAUGCCGUCAUGAUCCUUCACAGGUCACUAACAGAAUGCAAGCUGUAUAGUGGAAUUUGCUGCUAAUGUAAUUUUGAGAGGAAGGCAAACAGAUGGACAGAUAUUGUGGUGGCUGUCCAUUAAGUGGUAGCAAACUUACAAAAACGAUUAGAAUUAACAACUUCCUCUGAUACCGGAUCGUCGUCAACUUUAGUGUCUGUGUCGUUGACGGAGAGUGUGUUGAGUUUAGUUUGUGUUUGUACACGUUCUUGUUUUUUAAAAUGCAGCUUGGCAGAUCAUCCGCACGUUCUUA